AUGCAAGACCCCGCGUUUCCCACCGGCUCCCGGUUGUCCCCCAGCCCCCCGAGGAAGAGGACGCGGCUGUGGCGGCAGCGACGGCCUCGCGCCGUGUUCAGCGCACAACAGCUGCGGGUCCUGGAGGAAUUCUUUGAGGGGAAACCCUACGGGACCUAUGAGGAACGCGAGACCCUGGCGGCCAGGCUGAACCUGCAGGAGGACCAAGUGAGGGUGUGGCUCAAGAACCGCAGGGCCAAGGAGCAACGGUUGCAGCGACUGCGCAAGCAGCAAGGCCAGGGAGCCCAGGCUGCGCCCCAGGAACUGGCAGCCUGCGCCCCUCAGCCCGCGCCUGUGCCCUCCCUUGCAGGCCCUGCGUCCCAGCAGGACCCUUUGCUCCCUGCCAGCCCUGUGCUGCCAGCCAUUCCUGUGCGCCCUGAGGAGCCAGUGUUCCCCGCAGGCCCUGGGCUCCCCGCUGGCCCUGUGUUCCCGGCCAGUCGUGUGCUGCCGGCGGGUCGUGUGUUCCCAGCCGGCUCCGUGCUCCCCGCAGGCCCUGGGCUCCCCGCCGGCCCUGUGUUCCCAGGCGGUCCUGUGCUCCCGGCGGGUCCAGUGCUCCCUGCUGGCCCUGUGCUCCCCACCAGCCCUGCGCUCCCCGCUGCCCUGCGCUCCCCGCUGCCCACGUGCACCACGGGGGCCCGGCUUUCGGCAGCCUCCCUCUGCACAGACCCUUGCAGGUCUUCGCAUCAGCAGAUGCCAGCGCCUCCAGCUACAGCCAAGCCUGCUGCGAUGCUGCGCAAGGCGUCCAGGGCACGGUCCCCCCUGCACCUGCUCCCGCUCCUGCUCUGGCUCCAUCCGAGGCCACAGUCUCGCCUCAAGGCCCCGACGAAGCCGGGCAUUUCUCUCCAGAACCUGAUUCCACAGACCUGCUCUCACCCUAUUGCUCCGCAGAGGAGCCCUUCUCCUCCCCCAGGCCCUGGUACGCCUUGGUGGCUGACAGCAUACGACUCUGUGACUGACCUGGACCUCUUCCAGUUCCUGGACCUCCGCGGGAGUGUGUCCCCGCCAAGUCCUGCAGAUGCCGCGGGACCAGAGGGGACCAGGGCGUGCGCCCACGCGGGUGCGAGGAGCGCAGGUCAGUGCGCCUCCGCCGCCAGUUGCUCCCUGCAGAGCUGGAGAACCUCUAAGCGUCCACCCUGGGGAGUUGGCCUGGGCUCUGCACCCCGCCCCCCUGCCGCCAACACGCUGUGGUGGCCACUGCGCAUGCGCGUGGCGGCGGGCCUGGGCUGCUGCGUCCGCGGUCCCGGCUGA